AUGGCCAUUGUAAAAGCUCCAUUCUCUGGUCAGUGUACCAUUUUGUAUUUGAUGUGGACGCUAUUUCCACACAUUUUCCUCAUACUAUCGCUUAUGGCAUACGCUGUUUUAGGAGCGGUGCUCUUUGAAAAAAUAGAAGGAGGUAGAGACAAUGAGACGAAUAAGGAUUACCAAAGGUUUUUACAAUCCCUAGUGGUGACGGUCCAUAAUAAUUCAGAUAACUCUGAUUUGCUCCUCAAAAUAGAGGAUAAGAUCGAGAAGGAUUUUCAACCUAUAUGGCUUCAGCGUCCAGAGAGAUGGCAUUUCUUUGGUUCCCUUUUCUUCUGUUGUACCGUUUUCACUACAGUAGGUUACGGCGAGAUCUUCCCAGUCACUGUAGCUGGGAAGGUGGUGUGCAUCUUUUAUGCUAUGGUUGGCAUCCCACUCAUGCUACUGGUCAUCUCAGAUGUGGGUGACAUCCUGGCCGUGAUGCUCUCAAGAGCUUAUAUCCGUCUGUACCGUAUCCGUCGGCGGCUGUUGCGUUGCACUUGGAACCGUUGUCGCAACCAAGAUAAGGCCUCUAAACAGCACCAGGUAAUCUCUGGUGACAGCACCUACACCUUCAGCCAAGAUGUAGUGAUGUGUGAGCCUAUGGACAUACGUUGUGUGAUCCGGACACAGAGAUCUGUCAAGCGCAAGUCCAUCCAGCUUCAAACCAACACUGAGAUUUUUGACCGCAUCAUCGCCAAGGAGAACUUCACGCGUAAUAGCCCACUGGCACGCUCCUGUUCCUGUCCUGAGCUAGACCGUAUGCCUCGUUUGUCCAAAGACUGGGACUUUGCUAGCAUUGGACAGGAGAUGGAUAAAUUCAAUGUGCCAUUGAUCCUCAUCCUACUGGUUGUCUUUGCCUACAUCCUUUUUGGUAGUUUAAUCUUGCGAAUCUGGGAGCGUGAGUUUGGCUUUUUUGAUGCCUUCUAUUUUUGCUUUAUCACAUUGACCACCAUUGGCUUUGGCGAUUUUGUGCCCCGCCACCCAAACUUCUUCAUGCUGACCUUCAUCUUUAUCAUUUCAGGUAUGGCCAUCAUGUCAAUGGCCUUUAAACUUGGUCAGUCACACAUUGUGCGCUUCUACCAUCGGGGCAUGCGUUUUCUCAGCGGAGGGAAAGUAGCCAAGUACAAUUUUCUGCGCAAAGAAUGA